CCGAGCGCGGCCGCGGCUGCAGGAGGCCCAGGCUCAGCGGCAACGCCAGCAGCGCCGCCCCCGCCGCCGGAGGAGGGACCGGAGUGGCCGCGGGCUGGUUUUGGCUGUACUAAUACUACUCCUGACUUGGUGCUUUAAGGAUUUGCCUUUUCUCAGUUUCUUUACUUGCCUAUCUGACAUAAUGAGGAGACUGGCUUUUCGUGGUGCUGGUUGUACUCUGAAGAAGUUGGAUUCUAUGGGCUCAAAGCGGCGAAGGGCUACUUCUCCUUCCAGCAGUGCCAGUGGAGGCGAUUUCGAUGAUAGUCACCAUUCUUCAAACACACCAGGUCCAAGCAGGAAGAGAAGGCGACUCUCUAACCUCCCAACUGUUGAUCCUAUUGCAGUAUGUCAUGAAUUGUACAAUACAAUCAGAGAUUACAAAGAUGAACAAGGGAGGCUUCUGUGUGAGCUCUUUAUUCGGGCCCCCAAGAGAAGAAAUCAGCCAGAUUACUAUGAAGUAGUUUCUCAGCCUAUUGAUUUAAUGAAAAUCCAACAGAAGCUAAAAAUGGAAGAAUAUGAUGAUGUGAACGUGUUAACUACUGACUUCCAGCUGCUAUUUAAUAAUGCAAAAGCCUAUUAUAAGCCAGACUCCCCUGAAUAUAAGGCUGCCUGCAAACUGUGGGAUUUAUAUUUACGCACAAAAAAUGAAUUUGUUCAGAAGGGAGAUCCUGAUUAUGAAGAUGAUGAUGAUGAUGACAAUCAAGGGACAAUUUCUGAAAUAUCUUCUCCAGGUCACUUAAAAGAAAUCCUUGAACAGCUUCUUGAGGCAGUAGUUGUAGCAGCAAAUCCAUCGGGCCACCUCAUUAGUGAACUUUUUCAGAAGCUUCCCUCCAAAGUGCAAUAUCCAGACUAUUAUGCAAUAAUUAAAGAGCCUAUAGACCUGAAGACAGUUGCACAGCGAAUACAGAAUGGAAGCUAUAAGAGCAUUCAUGCAAUGGCAAAGGACAUAGAUCUAUUAGUAAAGAAUGCCAAAACCUACAACGAACCUGGAUCUCAAGUAUUCAAGGAUGCAAAUGCAAUUAAAAAAAUAUUUAAUGUGAAAAAGGCAGAAAUCGAACAUUCAGAACUGACCAAAUCAAGUCUCCGAAUCAGGACUGCAAAUUUGGCUGCUUCCAAGUUGCCAGGACCUUCCUCACAGGGUAAAGGCAGUGUUGUCGAUGAGAGAAAUCCUGCUAGUAAAUAUUACCGUAACAAAAGAGCUGUCCAAGGGGAUCGUUUGUCAGCAAUAACAAUGGCCCUUCAGUAUGGAUCUGAAAGUGACGAAGAUGCUGUUCUGGCUGCUGCUGCCCGUUAUGAAGAAGGGGGGGAGUCUGAAGCUGAGAGCAUUUCUUCCUUUAUGGAUGCUUCCAAUCCUCUCUAUCAGCUCUAUGACACAGUGAGGAGCUGCCGGAACAAUCAGGGCCAGCUUAUAUCAGAACCCUUUUUCCAUUUGCCCUCAAAGAAGAAGUACCCUGAUUAUUAUCAGCAAAUCAAGUUGCCUAUUUCAUUACAGCAAAUCAGAGCAAAACUAAAGAAUAAUGAAUAUGAAACACUUGACCAUUUGGAAUGUGAUUUAAAUUUGAUGUUUGAAAAUGCCAAACGUUACAAUGUUCCGAAUUCGGCCAUUUAUAAGAGAGUAAUGAAAAUGCAGCAGGUUAUGCAGGCAAAGAAAAAGGAGCUAGCCAGAAGAGAUGAAAUUGAGGAUGGAGACAGUAUGAUCUCUUCUGCCACAUCUGAUGCUGGAAGUUCCAAAAGAAAAAGCAAAAAGAAUGUAAAGAAACAGCGAAUGAAAAUUUUAUACAAUGUCGUUCUUGAGGCAAGAGAACCUGGAACUAACCGAAGACUCUGUGAGCUAUUUAUGGUGAAACCUUCCAAAAAAGAUUACCCAGAUUAUUACAAAAUCAUCUUGGAGCCAAUGGAUUUGAAAAUCAUAGAGCAUAAUAUCCGUAGUGAGAAGUACACUGGGGAAGAAGCUAUGAUAGAAGAUAUGAGAUUAAUGUUUCGAAAUGCAAGGCAUUAUAAUGAAGAAGGCUCACAGGUAUACAAUGAUGCUCAUAUCUUGGAGAAGAUUCUUAAAGAAAAGAGGAAAGAGCUGGGACCAGUACAUGAAGAUGAGGAGGUUGCUUCCCCUAAACUGAAAUUAAGUCGGAAAACUGGUAUCUCCCCUAAAAAAUCAAAAUACAUGACUCCAAUGCAGCAGAAACUGAAUGAGGUAUAUGAAGCAGUGAAGAACUACACAGAUAAGCGAGGAAGACGGCUGAGUGCUAUCUUCCUGCGGCUUCCAUCUCGGUCAGAGCUACCUGAUUACUACCUGACUAUUAAAAGGCCUGUUGAUAUGGAAAAGAUCAGAAGUCACAUGAUGGCCAAUAAAUACCAGGACAUUGAUGCCAUGGUGGAAGAUUUUGUUAUGAUGUUCAAUAAUGCCUGCACUUAUAAUGAACCAGAAUCCUUGAUUUACAAAGAUGCACUGGUACUCCAUAAAGUUUUGCUUGAAACUAGAAGGGACAUAGAAGGGGAUGAAGACUCUCAUGUUCCAAAUGUAACACUGCUGAUCCAGGAACUUACCCAUAAUCUUUUUGUCUCUGUCAUGAGCCAUCAAGAUGAUGAGGGAAGGUGCUAUAGUGACUCCUUAGCUGAAAUUCCUGGUGUAGAUCCCAGCUUCCCAAACAAACCCUCUCUGACUUUUGAUAUCAUACGGAGAAAUGUAGAAAGUAACCGCUACAGGAGAUUGGAUUUGUUUCAAGAGCACAUGUUUGAAGUGUUAGAGCGGGCAAGAAGGAUGAAUCGGACGGAUUCAGAGAUUUAUGAAGAUGCAGUAGAGCUUCAACAAUUUUUUAUCAAAAUUCGCGAUGAACUUUGCAAGAAUGGCGAGAUCCUCUUAUCACCAGCCCUCAGCUAUACUACCAAGCACCUCCAUAAUGAUGUUGAAAAAGAGAAGAAGGAAAAACUGCCAAAGGAAAUGGAGGAAGACAAGCUCAAAAGAGAAGAAGAGAAGAGAGAAGCUGAAAAGAGUGAGGAUACUUCUGUUGGAUCAGGACUAUCUAGUUUACAUAGGACAUACAGUCAAGAUUGCAGCUUUAAAAACAGCAUGUACCAUGUUGGAGAUUAUGUUUAUGUUGAACCUGCAGAAGCCAAUCUGCAACCACAUAUAGUCUGUAUUGAACGCCUGUGGGAAGAUUCAGCUGGAGAAAAAUGGCUGUAUGGUUGCUGGUUUUAUAGACCAAAUGAAACAUUCCAUCUGGCUACCAGAAAGUUUUUGGAGAAAGAAGUUUUUAAAAGUGAUUACUACAACAAAGUUCCUGUGAACAAAAUUCUAGGGAAAUGUGUAGUCAUGUUUGUUAAGGAGUACUUCAAGCUAUGUCCAGAAAACUUUAGAGAUGAAGAUGUCUAUGUUUGUGAAUCACGUUAUUCUGCAAAAACAAAGUCAUUUAAGAAGAUUAAAUUGUGGACCAUGCCGAUUAGUUCUGUACGAUUUGUCCCACGAGAUGUGCCUUUGCCUGUGGUCCGUGUUGCGUCAGUGUUUGCUAAUACAGACAAAAUUGAUGAAGAAAAGCACAUUGAAACAUCUGAGGAAAGCAAAGUGGGCAACAGCAUCCUUAGCCUUGAAAAGGAUAAAGAAGAUGUUCCAGUAGAAAUGCCAAAUGGAGAACCAGGCUGUCACUAUUAUGAACAACUUUGUUACAAUGACAUGUGGCUGAAGGUUGGGGACUGUGUCUUCAUAAAAUCACACGGUCUAGUCCGACCACGAGUUGGCAGAAUAGAAAAAAUGUGGGUAAGAGAUGGAGCUGCCUAUUUCUUUGGACCAAUCUUUAUACACCCAGAGGAAACUGAGCAUGAGCCAACUAAAAUGUUCUACAAGAAGGAAGUAUUUUUGAGUAAUCUGGAAGAGGCCUGUCCCAUGACAUGCAUUCUGGGAAAAUGUGCAGUAUUGUCUUUCAAAGACUUCCUGUCCUGUAGACCAACAGAGAUUCCUGAAAAUGAUGUUCUCCUUUGUGAAAGUCGCUAUAAUGAAAGUGACAGACAGAUGAAAAAAUUCAAAGGGCUGAAAAGAUUUUCUCUCUCUGCUAAAGUGGUAGAUGAUGAAAUUUAUUACUUCAGAAAGCCCAUAGUCCCUCAGAAGGAGCCUUCUCCACUGCUGGAAAAAAAGAUUCAGCAGCUAGAAGCGAAAUUUGCUGAAUUGGAAGGAGGUGAGGAAGAGAUGGAAGAGAUAGGAGAAGAGGAAAGCGAAGUCACAGAAGCACCAGCAAUGCCUCAGAUUCCAACUCCACUCACUAAUGAAUUAGAUAUAAUGCCUUACACACCACCCCAGUCCACUCCUAAGUCUUCUAAAAGCAGUAUAAAGAAGGAAGGGUCAAAAAGAAAGAUCAAUAUGAGUGGUUACAUUCUAUUUAGUAGUGAGAUGAGAGCUGUCAUUAAAGCUCAACACCCAGAUUAUUCCUUUGGAGAGCUCAGCAGACUUGUUGGAACAGAGUGGAGAAACCUGGAAGCCACCAAGAAAGCGGAGUAUGAAGAGCGGGCAGCUAAGGUGGCUGAGCAGCAGGAGAGAGAACGGGCAGCGCAGCAGCAGCAGCAGAAUUCCUCCCCAAGGGCCGGCACUCCAGUGGGGGCCCUAAUGGGGGUGGUGCCACCCCCAACCCCUAUGGGGAUGCUCAACUCACAAAUGACACCUGUUGCAGGCAUGAUGGGUGGGUAUCCACCAGUGCUGCCACCUUUACAGGGCCCACUUGAUGGCAUUAUUAGCAUGGGUAGCAUGCCACCACUUCACCCCGGGGUGCCUCCACCCCAUCAGCUUCCACCAGGCAUGUCAGGCAUCCCGCCACCGGGUGUUAUGGGUCAGAAUGUUUCCUCGAUGGUCGGAGCAUCAGCAUCAGGAAGUCCAUUUGGACAGCAAAUGGGUAUCCUUGGUCCACCUGGACAGCAGGCACCACCCCCCUAUCCUGGUCAGAAUCCAGGAAACCAACAGGUCAUGCAACAGCCUACAACUCCCAUGUUUGUAUCCCCUCCACCAAAGACCCAGAGGCUUCUUCACUCAGAGGCUUAUUUGAAAUACAUUGAGGGUCUUAGUGCUGAUUCAAGUAGCAUUAGUAAGUGGGACCAGACCCUUUCAGCACGAAGACGUGAUGUCCACCUCUCAAAAGAACAAGAGAGCCGCCUACCUACACACUGGUUGAAAAGCAAAGGGGCCCAUACCACAAUGGCAGACGCACUGUGGCGCCUUCGAGACUUGAUGUUGAGAGAUACGCUUAAUAUUCGUCAGGCAUACAACAUAGAAAAUGUUUGAUCUUCUUUCAAUGCCAACAUAUAAAAAAUUGUGGAACAGUAGCUGUUUUAGUUAUUGGUGGGGGAAAACAAACUGUUUUUAUUGCAUCUUACUGUACAUUGUGGGAUUGUUUUUUUAAAAUAUAUGGACACUUUUAAUAAGCAUAUUUCACUUUUUUGUUAUAUUAUGUUGACUUUUCUUAAAUACACCGAUUAGUGCAUAUGGUUCUUCAACCUGGAAGAUGAUCUUAUAUUUGGUUAUAAAUGAAAAAAGGGUUGCAUCCUUUUUCUUCACACGGAGGAUCUCAUGCCAUCCAAGUUCUUUAAGUAGCAAGAAUAUUAACAGUUUAGCUGGGAAAUGUGAAUCUACAUCUUAGCAACAUGAAUACCCAUGUGCUUUUAUGGUAGUGACUUCCAAUAAAUAUAUCAAGUGAGGCUAAAAUAAUAAAGCUACUGGGGCGGGGAGUGGAUAGAAUCAACUUGGUAAAUGAAAAUCUUAAGUAUUCAUUCAGAAAGCUGCAGAAUAAAUAAGCAAGGCAGUUCCUGGGCAUCUUCUUUAAGAUGUUCCAAAUUUCAGGCUGGUUUGUGUUGAUGAAACUGGUGAUAUGAAGAGCUCUACCAACAUGAAAGCUUCUGUGUGUUGCUAGUAGGCCUAGACAUGUGAGAAUGCAGUAUCUUAUUUUAUUUGUCCAGAAUGAGACCUGAGCUUAUCACAACAGAUUAUCCAAGGAAGGUUCUUGAGGAAGCAUAAUGAUAAAAUAUUCAAAUAUUUUCUAUUUCGUUAUCUUGCAUGGUUCACUUUUUGACAGAGUAUAUUAAUACUGCAAGUCAUUAGUAACAACAUACUUUGGGGGGGGGGGGGAGACAGGCUUUUUAAAUGUUGCAGAAGUUAAGAUUCUUUUGUAUUUCUAUCACUGGAACUAAAAUUUGACGUGGUUCUCUUCAGCUUUAAGUUACUAUUGCAAAUUUACUCAUUUUAAUUGUGAUCUUUGACAAUAAGUAGGGCCUAUAGAAGGGCCACUAGCAUAUUUUCCAUCUUGAAAAAUAUGUUACACUGAUUAGUGAUUUGGCUUUUUCAAAAACUAUUCUUGCAUGGAAAAUAUUGUACUUCAUCAGUUGAGAAUGUUAACCAACAUACUCUGGAUGGAUUGCAAUUAUCAUCUCAGCACAGUUAUUGGCAGAAAGGAAGUUAAACCCUAAUUGUGCAUUUCUUUAUUCAAACAGUCACUGAAGUUUUGAAAUAACGUGCCUCCUAAUCAUUUGGGAUCACAGUCUUAAGGUAUCUAUAAUAGCUACAGUUACAAUCUAGGUUAAUUUCUUAAAGCACGUAAAAGGCCCAUAGUUAAGUCUACUACAAUGUUUACAUUCAUUUAAACAGGCUCCUGAAUUUGUAUAAUUCUCUGGUUUUUUGCUUUCAUACAUAGUAUAAUUUUCCAGUUUCAGAUCCUUCCUCUGUUUAGGAGGUGAUUGGUGGCUUACAAAGUCUUCAUUUGUAAAAGUACAGCUUCAGAAAAAGCUUAGUGGUGCAAUAUAUUUUUAAGAAACAAACAUGGAUUUAGAGAGGAAUGUACCAAUCAACCAGGUAAAACAUACAUGAAUGAAUGAAAAAUCAUGUUUUAGAUACCUUGUUUAAUUACAAGGUAACUAGAUGAAGAACUGUUGUUUUGUUUGCUUCAGGGAAUGAACAGCUCACCAGGAAAACAGGUUUAUUCUGGAUUUCUUUAGUUUAUCUGUUCAUAGUUAUAUCACAGUAUGUAUUUUAAUGCAAAUCCAGAAAAUGGAAAUGUGUUUGAUGCCUCUGGAUCUGUUCAAAUCAUACAUUGUAAUGGUGGUGACAAAACAUAGCCUGAAAAAGGACAAGCAAAACUAUUAGAGAUUCAGUUGUUCUGAUGGGGUAGUAACUCAAAUUAUUAUUACAGGGAAGCGUUCUGCAUCCUUCGCAUUCUGCAGUUGCUGUUACACACGUUUAUUUUGCUAUAUCUGGAAACCUCAUAGAAACUGCUACCACCAGUUCUUUGUUUGUCCCCAGGGAGUUGGCUUAGCUGGCUGUGCAGCAACAUUCAAUACAAAACUGGCUCAAUACUGGGAGCUGUUGAGGUGGGUGUGAAGGUGCUAUUCUGAAUUAUGGCCAGUGUAUUUAAAUUUCCUCACACAUUGCAACUACUCAAAAGUAGUUGGCAGCUAGUCUUGGAGGCAGGUUUUUUUUUUCUUUUUAGCACUUUGAACCAUCAUAGACUUUUACUAAUACAAUCACAUUGUUUAAGGUACUUCAAAAAUUACACCAAAGAACCUAGCAUGUAUUUAUUUUUAUUUAUUUAUUAAAAUAUUUCUUAAGAACAGGAUGAGACACCCCCAUUUGAUUUUGUGUAGUUUAGAAGGAUCAGGAUGGACUGGAUUGCAGCUUUGUCCUCCCUGGCUACUUAAGUUGAAGGUAGCAUUACAUCUUCUAAAAGCCCAGGAGUAAACAAUGAGAACUGAAAAAGAGGCCUCUUUUGUGGCAGUGCAGAGCACUCCUCCUAGACCAUUAGGCAGACCCUAAUUAUCUCAGAUGUUAUUUAUUCCAAAAUCAUGUCUCUGUGUGCAGGGGGCAUUUCAGUAACAUUUAUGGUAGUUUGAGAUUUGAUAGCUACAAUCCUGGAUUGCACAACCAAUUGAUUGAAGUGCUUUUUAACUCAAAAUAGUUUGUAACGGAAAAACAAACCAUGUCUUUUGCCAAUUUGAUCCCACUGUUUUCUAUAGUGUCACACUGUAUUAAAUUAAACGUAUGCGAAAUGGUUGCCUCAGGUAAGUGGGAAAAUACAUCAAUUCUAAACUACUUUGGAAGGGAUUAACCAUUCAUAAGCUAUUCCGUAUUUUCCCAUCUUUCCUUAAAGAACAAGUGUGUGUAAUAUUCAAGUUAGUGUUUUAUGUUGUCAGCAUACAAGCCUUUGGACCUGGUUAAUCCAUGUCUCGUUUUUGCUCCUGGCUGUACACUUCAAUGCGUAAAGUAAAUAGUGGUCAUUGUGCAUGUACUAUCACUUUGUCUUUUGGAGGAUUUUUAAUUUGAAUAAAAAUAGUUUUCAAUUUGGAUUAA